AUGUCUGAGAAAGAGAAAGGACGGUUUCCUAGUCAAUGUAUACCAAAUCCUAAAGGGCAAUUCGCCAUAAAUUCCCCUGACACUUCACAAGAGCAGGUCCAAUCCAUUGUUACCCUUAGGUCUGGAAAACAAGUAGACAAUGAAGUACACAUGCCAAUAGAGGAGAGACCAGCUGAGUUAGACAAAGGAAAGAAUCCAAAGGAACUUGUUAAAACUCAAGAACCUUCUGUCUCACAACCUACUGAAAUAGAACCUAAAGUGGGGAGUUAUAUUCCUAAAGCUCCUUUCCCUCAAAGGUUAGUUGCUCCUAAGAAAGACCUUGUAACUGUGAAGAGAAAGAUUAAUGUCCCUAAAAAGGCAUUCUUAACAGAACAAGUUAGCUCCAUUAUUCAACGAAAAGUACCUGUCAAGUAUAAAGAUCCUGGUUGUCCCACAAUUUCUUGUACAAUAGGUGACCAUCAUAUUGAGCAAGCGCUGUUAGAUUUGGAGGCUAGUGUCAAUUUACUUCCAUAUUCGGUCUACUUACAAUUAGGUCUAGGAGAGUUAAAACCCACCUCUGUGAUACUUAAAUUGGCUGAUAGAUCUGUUAAAAUUCCUAGAGGAGUCAUUGAAGACGUUUUGAUUCGAGUUGAUAAAUUUUAUUUCCCAAUAGACUUCAUAGUACUAGAUACUCAGCCUGCCCACAAUUCAAAUAAUCAAAUUCCAGUUAUUCUAGGUCGGCCAUUUUUAGCUACUUCUAAUGUGCUAAUAAACUGUUGGAAUGGUGUUAUGAAAAUUUCAUUUGGUAAUAUGAUGGUUGAGCUCAAUAUUUUUGAUAUUAGUAAACAACCACCAACUGAAGAAGAAGCUAGUAUUGUGUGCUUGAUUGAUAGUCUUGUCCAUGAUGAGUUCAUUGAAUCCAGUUAUGAAGAUCCCUUAGAGGCCUGCCUAGCUCAUUUUGGAUGUAAUUUGGAUAUUGAUGAGUCAAUUGAGCAAGUUAAUGCACUGUUAGAUUCUAUUCCAGUAAUGAACAUCAACAAAUGGCAACCUAAACUGGCUCUUCUUCUAAUUUCUUUAACAUCAUCACUUCCGUCCCUAGUGGAGCCACCUAAAUUGGAAUUAAAACCAUUGCCUAAUACCCUUAAGUAUGUAUUCUUUGGACCUUCUGAGUCUCUUCUCGUAAUUAUUGCUUCUGAUUUGGAAGAUGCUAAUGAACACAAAUUACUUGAGGUCCUAAAAGAACAUAAGGAAGCAAUAGGAUGGUCCAUUAAUGAUAUUAAGGGAAUCAGUCCUUCUAUUGUUAUGCAUAGAAUCCAUUUAGAAGAGGAUGCUAAACCCUCACGCGAGCCACAAAGACGCCUAAAUCCUCACAUGCACGAAGUAGUUAGUGCCAAGAUUCUUAAACUUUUAAAUGCAGGGAAACUUGGGUCUCGAUGGACUGGUCUUUUCUUAGUCUGCAUGGUAUACCCAUAUGGAGUUGUUGAAAUUGAAAAUCCUAGAAAUGGUGAGGUGUUUAAGUACGAUACGACGUAUAUUUCUAUAGCACGUCAGGUGGCCUACGCCAUUCUGGAACUGGACCCUCCACUUGCCUAUCUUGACAGUGAUAGCUGGUUUGAACACAUAUACCUUGCCACUCUUUGGGCUUUUGACAUUGAUGAUUCUAUUUUAUUGGAGGGUGAUUGGAUACCACUUGAUCCUUAA